AUGUCCCUCACACUCAUCACCGCGGCUGCUCUUCUAGCCUUCACCUCCAACACGCUUGCAGAACCGCCGACUGCAACUCUGGCUGCACCUGAGCCGGACUAUACCUGCACGUGCAAUGGCCUAGAUGCACCGUCUUGGAGUGCCUGCACCGAAAUCGCAAACACCUACUUCGCUGGUGACGCAGAAACUAGAUCGUACGUACUGGAGGGAGAGGCUCCCGCCUGCUUUCCAUUCGACUCAAGCAAUGAACUGAACUGUCUUAUAUCGUUCUGCCCACGGGAAGGCGUACCAGUGGGGACAAAUAUCACCGCACAGGAAGUCUUGUUGUGGUAUACUUCAGUGGCCUCCAACUGCGAGAGCGACGCUGGAUCGCCUGGUGGAAUCUGUGGACCAGGACCCGAUGUGCCAGUGUCCUAUACCGACAUACUAUCUGUGGACGUUAUCGCAAACCCCAACUGCAAACAGAACGACGCCGUUCGUACUAAAGCAGCUACUAGCACGUCUAGUAGUGUAGCGACGACUUUACCACGAGCGAGAAGGCAUUCAAGACACCUAACAAAGGAUGACGGGACACCUCCAAGUACUGACAACGAAUGGGAGAACAUUCUCACGGCCGACAAUGUCAACGCGCCGGGGGUCAAGAUCAACGUCUUCGGCCCAAGUCCAAACGGGAGCACAUAUACCGUCAUGGACGCUCGCUCUACCACCAAGAGCGUCGAGGCGAGCGCCGGCCUUUCGGCCAACCUCUUUGAUAUAUUUACGGCUUCGGUGGGAAUCUCGACGACCUACUCGCAGACCUUCUCCGAGGAAGUCGGCUACUCGGUCCCAAUCAAUUGUCCAGACAGCGAGAGAGGAGUCGUUUAUUGGGUGCCGCUAUUCACUCAAUACGGAGGCGUUUAUCUGCCGUCCAACACUGGGGCAGACUGGUACAUCGCGAACAGUGGUGCUCAGACCAGCUACGAAGUGCAGUGCCUCGAUUAA